GUUGAUGACCGUUGGUGGCGCUCGCGCGGUGUCGGUUGGUGACGUUUGCCUUUGGACGGACUCGUUUGUCGGAUGCAUUCGCGGCGCCCGCACGCCUUCGCCGGCGGCCUGAGCUCCCGGGACUACGGGGAUGCAUCGUCGGACGGCUAUCAGCGCCAGGCCCCCGCGCCGCCGUCCGCAAGGUCAUCGGACUACUGCACGGACGACUGGAUAACCGAGGGCCGGUUCCGGGGACAGGCGGCUGGGCCCUGGGGGGAGAGACCGCCCUACAGUGCAGGGGCGGCGGCGACAGAUACUGCGGCGGAAGGGGCGGCGGGCGCUGCCCUUCCCGAGAAGGCGACAGGAUCUACCGAUCAAAUAAAUAGGUUUGCUGGUUUUGGUAUUGGUCUUGCAAGUAUUUUCACAGAGAACGUACUGGCUCAUCCCUGUAUUGUUUUCCGUCGGCAAUGCCAGGUCAAUUUUCAUGCAAAGAAUUAUCAUCUUACUCCUUUCACUGUUGUUAACAUUAUGUAUCACUUCAGCAAAACACAGGGUCCUAAAGGCCUUUGGAAAGGAAUGGGAAGCACAUUUAUUGUGCAAGGAAUAGCCCUGGGUACCGAAGGCAUUAUCAGCGAAUUCACACCACUUCCCAGGGAGGUUUCCCACAAAUGGAGUCCAAAGCAGAUCCUUGGACAUGUUGUACUAAAAGGAUUGACCUGCGCUGUGGCAAUGCCCUUUUACUCGGCUAGCUUAAUCGAGACUGUGCAGAGUGAAAUCAUAAGAGAUAAUCCAGGGAUACUAGAUUGUGUAAAGGAAGGUAUUUGCAAAGUUUUGGGAAUGGGUGUGCCUCACAGCAAACGUCUGCUUCCUCUUGGAGUCUUGGUCUUUCCUACUGUCUUACACGGAAUACUUCAUUAUGUCAUCAGUGCUGUCAUCCAGAAGAUUGUUUUGUUUAUUCUACGGAGAAAAUCGCCACUUCAUGACCCCGCUGAGGGUUCUAGUUCUGUGCAAACUGUGCUGGAUGCUUAUUUCCCAGAACUUAUAGCUAGUUUUGUUGCAAACCUCUUUGCAGAUGUUUUAGUUUACCCACUGGAAACCGUGCUUCACCGUCUUCACAUUCAAGGAACUCGUACCAUAAUUGACAACACAGACCUUGGGUUUGAAGUACUUCCAAUUAACACUCAGUAUGAGGGAAUGAGAGACUGCAUUAACAUAAUCAAACGUGAAGAAGGAAUAUUUGGCUUCUAUAAAGGCUUUGGAGCAGUUAUAGUACAGUACACAUUGCACGUUGCUGUUCUACAGAUCACCAGAAUUAUAUAUUCCACUUUGUUGCAAAAUGUAACUUAAGUACGGAGUAUAUAAGGUACAGAGUAAAUUGAAUAACCCUCAGUGAUGAAACGUAAAAAAGAUGAAUCUAUGUUGUAAAUGUAAUGAGCACUUGAUUGCUAUAUUUAAAAUACUGAGCUGGAGAAAAUCUUGUUUCACACAUUGCUGAAUUGAUGAUGUCCACAAUUUGUUUUUAAUAUGUAAAAUAACCUAUAGCUGUUAUGACCUAUGUCUAUUUCUGUGUAUGCUUCUAAUCUUUUAGCAUAUUGUAUCAAAUGCAAUCUAGCAACAAUUUCAACUUGUAUAAAAGCAAGUACUGAGAGUGAUGAGUAAUUGAAUUUUUCAAUCAUUCUCCAAAUCAAAUGCACUAAUCAGCAUAAUUAGAGAUGUUUCACCAUUAUUGUUUUGAUACCUAUGUAAAAAGUGUAACUGUACCUUUUUUUUUCCAGGUUGAUUAUAGCUUUUCACAUUAUAAAUUUGUUUUUUCAUUAGUCAUGAUAUGGUGUGGUCCUCAUCAAUGUGAAUUGAAUCGUCUUUAGAUCUCAAAUGGCCUAUUCACAUAAAGAAUAUUUGAUUUUAAAAGAAACAAGAAUAGGAUAGUCUUAACUAGCCCAAUUUUGGUUCUAGAGCUGCAGUGCUCUUAUCUACACUAUUGUCAUGCAGGUGGUUUCUCUUGUGAACAAUUACCGGGCUGUUUAUGGUAAAAGGUAUCAUAUGUAUGGAUUAAAUCUGUAAAAAUAUUGUGUUGGCUUUAAAUAACAUUACCAUAUAAUUCAUAAAAUAUAUUGAUGGAGA